AUGGCUCGUGUAAUGACUAAUAAUAAUGGUAAUACAUCUUUACCAACUACAACACCAUUUAUGGAUCGAUUAUCACAUUCAGUUAUUAAGGAAACGUCAAAAAGUUUGAGAUAUUAUAUUGAUGUAAAACGUCGUGAAAAUGCUUUUGUUUUAAAUCCCAAUUCUUCAGUAUCGAGUUCCAUACCGCUUAAAGCAAGAUUUAUGUAUGGAACAGCAAAAGAAUAUCCUCCGCUUUAUGGUUCCUAUCAUUCAGAUAAUGAUCUUAAAGUUUAUCUGCGUUGUUUUCAAAAACAACAAAAACAACUUCAUCCCAGAGAAAAUCAGCAAUUUGCUGAACUUCGUUUAAGACCAACCGUACGAUCAAGUUCAUCAUGCAGUGGAACAUCAAGUCUUGAAUUUCAAAAACGAGCAUCAAAAUCUGCAUCAAAACGUUCACAUCAUGAACAAAAUCAAUUAAUUGAUAAUACAGCAAAUAUUCUUGCAUCAAUGAUCAAAACACGACGAUCAAUUUAUGAAAAAUAUUUAUUAUCAGAACAAACACCGGCAGUGUAUGAAUCUCGAAAUGCAAACCCUUCUCCACGUCAAACAGAUGAUCAAUCUAAUGUACAAACAGUUCCACUAACUUUAACUGAUGCAUCAACAAAUGUAAGACUUUCAACAGCUGUUCAACAUCCUAAAAAAUCAAAACGUAGGACUGCAAAUACUCUUGAAAAAGCAUCAUCCAUCAUGCGUAAAGCGAAGCUAUGUACUAAAGGUAUUCUGUGUGAUUAUAAAGUAUCAGUUAUAACAGGAAAUUGUAAUGGUGCUUCAACAAGUGCACCUAUUCGUAUAAAAUUUUAUGGAACAAAUGGAUAUACAGAUUUUGUUGAUCUUAACAAUUCUGAAACACAUCGUGUACCAUUUUUAAAAGAUCAAACUGAUGUAUUUACUGUUCAAACGUGUCACGUUGGACAAUUAGUUGGAAUUACAAUUGGACAUGAUCAAAAAGAUAUGCGAUCAGGUUGGUUUUUAAAUAAAGUAUCUAUUAAUGAUCCAAUACGUAAAUUAACUUAUAAUAUUUUGUGCAAUGCUUGGCUAUCGAAUAAAUCAAAUGAUCAAAAGACUAUGCGUGAUUUUCAAGUGACCUCAAUGGUAUCACACAAAGAACAUAUUGAUACAAACGAACAUCAAGAAGAAAUGAACAAUCUAUCGGACUAUUCUACCACAACAACUGAAGAUACAAUAGCAUCUAAUGUCACAAGUCCAAAUCAAAAUGAUCAAUUAAUUGAUAAUAAACACACUAAAAAACAUAGAAAACAACAACAUGUAUCUAUUGAUCGAACAACAACUGCUAAAACACAAUCAUCACUAACUACAAUUACAAAUCAUCAUUCUCAAUCUCGAACAACAACAAAAAUUAAUUCAAAUUUUAAUCGAGAUGAACCUAGUUCUCCGCCGGCGCCAGCACGUCGAAGUCGUUCACCAAUUCUAUCUCGAACACCACCUACAAAUAGUGAGGAUGAAGUUAAUCUUGCUAAUCAUAGUCGUUCAACAACUCCAACGUCACCAUCAGUACGUGAUCAAUCACGUUUAAAACCUAUUUUUGAUCGUAAUACAACACCAAGAACGGAUGAAACAACAAAUGAUAUACUUAAACAUCAUUCAACAGAUCAUGACCGACCACCAGCUCGAUUGGAAAAACGUAGCCCACCAUCAUCUAUAUCACCCGAACGACCAAUUAAAAGUAACGAACAAGCAAAUGAAAACGAUGUAUAUGGCUUUUUCGAAUAA